AUUUAAUAUUGUGUUGAAAUCGAAAGGAUCCACCUAAAUCCUGAAAAUGAGUAAAACAAUUUCAAUAAUACUUAAAUUACUUUUAUUUUCAUCAAUUUGUAACUCACAAUCGUAUUCGAAACAUCCACAGCGUCGAGAAAUUAACUUAGAAUGUGGUGUUGUCGACGAGGAGAACUCUUCAAAACAAUCCGAUUUAUUACCUUGGGAUGUUUUUUUUACAAAAAAUGGUUUAACAGAAUGUUUAGGGAGUUUAAUUUCUCCAAAACAUGUUUUAACUGUUGCACAUUGUUUUGCUGAAGAUGAAACUGACGGUAUAGAUCUGAAUAUUUUUAAAGUUGUUAUUAAUCCUUUUGGAAAUAAACAAAUCAGAGAUAUUGAAAAAGUCUCUAUUCACGAAAAUUAUCGUCCAGAAAAACAACAUUAUCUCUCUGACAUUGCCAUUGCUACUGUACGAAAUUUUGGGAAUAAUUUACAAAUUAGACCUGCUUGUUUUGUUGAUGAUAAAAAUGGUUUACUGAAAGGCGAUGUGGGAGCAACCUAUGGGGUCAUAGACUAUACAAACAUAUUCCAAAUAGAUCUAUGGAAGAAUAUUCCUAAAUCAUUUUUUGUGGUGGUUCAUGAUGAAAAAAGUUGUGAAGAUCAAUCUCCACGGGACACUUUUGAACUACUUCGUUCUCCAGAUAAAUUCUGUACAACGUCUCAAUCGAAAAAAAUGUGUGGAAUUGAUGGAAGUGGGUUUUAUAAAAGAGUUGGCGAUAAAUACUAUUUAGGAGGUGUUCUAGUUACUGCACAAAUAAAUCCCACUAAACCAAUAUGUGAUGGUGGAGUACCUACGUUUUUCACAAAUAUUUCACCAUACUUCAGUUGGAUAAAAGGCAUUAUAAGUAAUUAAUAGAAUUCAUGAAAAAUAUUACAUAAAAGUUUUAUUUGUUAAAAUUAGUUGCGUUUUGAAAUAAGAGAUGUCGCUAAUAAAUACUUCAAAUUUCAAA